AUGUCUGUUCACAGGACUGGAGCCUUUCUGGAGCGCAACAGGCUUGCCUUGAGGGUUCCGAUUAACCUCACUAAAUUCGAGAUUCGGGAGUACCUCAGGAAGCUAUAUGACGCCAAGGUCAUAAAGGUCAACACAUUGAUCAAAAUCCCUAGAAUUAAGAGGGAUUUUACCAGCAAAACGCCCAAAUAUUAUAGAAAUGGGCCUAUGUACAAGAAGGCAAUUGUAACCUUGGAACACCAAGUCCCUGAUGAGGUGAAAAUGAUAGGCAUGGAUUUCGAAUUGGGGAAGAAUCCUGCUAUUACUAAAAAGAAUGUGCACUAUGGAAAGAAAAAGGAUUUCAGCUAUCUAAAAAACAGGAAAAACGACCCUUAUAUAGGGGAGUAUAAAGAUUCAUGGAAGUUGCCCAUACCUAACUUCUUGGCAGAAGACGACUGGGAGAUGAACCCAGAGAUAAACGCAAACGACGAUUACAUGAGGAUGAAGCCGGAUCCGACCGAACCACAUACACACGGAGGAUCUUACACAUUUAACAGGAAACCGGAUACGGUGCCUAAUCAAAAUAAUUAUAUGAUGGAUUUGACGCCCUGGAGGAGGAAGAUUAGUAAAAUUUCCGGGUCUAAGGACGAAUUGGACUCUGAAGAAGCACGGCCGACUCCAUGGAACUAUCCGGCCCCUCACUAG